AUGGGUCUUUUAUCAGAUCCAGAAUAUGGAUCGGUGAAAUGGGUUAGAAUUCUUAAAAAAGUUAAUGGGCCGCUGUGUUUUCUGUGCUACAUUGCAGCAAUUAUUUGGUUCUUUAUGCUGGCGAACAAGGAUUUCAAUAAUGAGACUUAUUUUUCGGAGAACGCCUUACUUCCUGGAUUAGUUACCAAGGAGUUUAAUGCGGAAUCUUCAGCCAACAGAUUCUACAGUGAAUUCUUACAAGAAUUAGAGGAUAAGUACGAGGAAACAGAUGCAAUGCCAGUGCCGUGGCUUGUUGCAAAAAUGUCCCAGUUACAUUUGGAAGUGUAUACACAUAACUUUACACUUAAAUAUCCUAUGGGAGAAGGCCAGGUCUACCAAGGCACAAAUGUGUAUGGAAUACUGCGUGCUCCUCGAACUGCAUCUCUUGAAGCAUUGGUGGUGUCAGCUCCUUUCCGUGCCAUUUCUUCUCAUCACAAAGGCACUGCAGCGAGUGUAGCAUUAAUGUUAGCUUUUGCGCAGUUUGCACGCCCACAGAAAUAUUGGGCAAAGGACAUUAUAUUCCUAAUCACUGAAUAUGAGCAACUUGGGAUGCAAGCGUGGUUAGAAGCUUAUCAUGGCCUGAAAAACGAACCUGGUACAUUCUACACUAGCCUUGGAAGCUUCUGGAAACCAGGAACACCUUCAUUAGACCUUGGGAAAUUGACAUCAAAGAUAGAAUGGGGAGAGGAUAAUACAAGGUGUUUAGAUCCAGGUAAACUACAAGGACGGUCGGGGUCAAUUCAGGCUGCAAUAAAUCUGGAAUUUGAAACACCUAAAAUUAAGUACAUAGAGGUAAAAAUUGAAGGACUAAACGGACAGUUGCCAAAUCUGGAUCUAGUCAAUUUAGUGCACAAGUUAUGUGUGAAGUCUGGUAUUCACCACUCCUAUAAGAAUAGUUAUUCAUGGAUACGACGUAACAAGAUGGACGAAUGGGUCAACGGAAUUUGGACUAUGCUGGGAAUGGUGAAUACACUGUUUCCUGGGGUACCAAAUGGCAAUCACGGGCUGUUCCAUCGCUUCGGAAUCGAAGCUGUGACUCUCGAAGGUAGAGAUGCAGAUGACCCAGCUGGCAUCCCACCUAAAGUCAAUUCACUCCCUUCAGCCAAUUUCUACCGUCUGGGAAUUGCAUUAGAGAGCAUACUGAGGUCUCUUAACAAUUUGCUGGAAAGAUUCCAUCAGAGCUACUUCUUCUAUCUUCUAGCAGCAACAAAUAGGUUCGUUUCUAUUGGGCAAUAUAUGCCAUGUCUAUGCCUGCUGUGUGGAGCGAUGUUAAUACGAGCGCUGUCACUGUGGGUCAGCAUACAGCAGGAAGAUGAAGAAGCAGACAAGCAAACAAAGGAGCAAACUUCAAAAGACAAAUCAAUAGAUAAGGGAGAGGAUGAGAAAUUAGAAAAAAAGAAAUCGGAAAAGACAUCAGAUGAUGAAUCCGAGGACCUUGUGACUGAAGAGAGGGAGAUAAAAACAAGAAAGAAAGAGACAGAUGAUAGCCUUAGCAUAGUUAAUAUGGGGGCCAAUUAUCUAUUGGUGCAUCUAUUGGGGUACAUUGUAAUGAAUUCACCUGUGAUAUUCAGUCAGCUAGGUGCAAAAUACUACGAUCAACCUUCAGAGUUAUCAGUGUAUUGUGGUCUCAUCGCAGCGUCAGUGGUGCUGGUCAUAGUUGCCCCAUACCUACCACGUCUGCUGCGCACCAGACCCAUGACCCAUGAGGAGAUGUCGCUGGUGAACAUUCUCGUGCUCAUAGAACUAGCCACGGUGUGCCUUGCGAUCGGCAUGCAUAACUUCUCAUUGGGCUUCAUUCUGGCCACUGUUUACACUCCGCUUGCGUUGGUGGUUAGUGUGGUAGAGGACGGUGGGGGGAAGCGCAGUGUCCUUUUGCAAUUGAAGCGUUUCUACUGCCUACUUCUCCAACCUCUGUGCUUGCUGUCCCUUUGCAUGAUGGCGUACAGCACAGUGCUGUACCCCGAAGAAGGCUUAUGGAAAAUGGUGGGCCGGGGAAAGGACGCUGCUAUGCAAGCAGUCAUGUUCUCCAUUGUGGACUCACUGAUAUAUGGAAACUGGUUGUACAAUGUUGCUACGUCUAUCCUUUUGCCAACUUGGAUUAUCUUUUGGCAAAUUUUAUGUAAUAAGGUGGAGACUGCUUAG